AUGGUUUGGAGUGGUGUUUACAGAACGAUGCUAGACCCGCAGGAUCUCACGGGUGAGAAUCCACUGUGGACGAGUACACCGAUGAAGCUCCCGCUCACAAAUGGCAGUAUUUGGGAUUCGUUUAGAGCGCAGCAUCCGCUGCUCACGAUUAUUGACCCUCAUGCGCAGUCAAGGAUGGUGCGCAGUGUCUUCUUGAUACGUAUAAGCACGAAGGUUGGCUUCCAGAUUGCCGCAUGAGUCUUUGCAAAGGGUGGACACCAGGCGGGUCAAACGCCGAUGCGUAUGUCAAAAAUGUGACUGGAAUCGACUGGGCUCUCGCGUACAAAGCGAUGGUCAACGACGCGGAGAAUGAACCUCUUGAAUGGUCAUACGAAGGCCGCGGAGGGCUGCCAAGUUGGAAACGCUUGCACUACAUCCCGUCCCUUGAUUUUGACUACUUAGGGUUUGGCACAAAUUCUCGCAGUAUAUCACGCACGGUGGAGAGUACUCGUAUAAUGACUUCUGCUUAUCAACAGUGGGAAGGGGCCGUCACUCCGAUGACUAUGUACACUACAUACCUCUCUCGGGCCAGCAAUUGGAAGAAUCUAUUCAAAGCCGACCAGCCCUCUAUCAUCAGCGGCACAGACACUGGGUUCGUGGGAUUCUUCCAGCCAAAGUACCCUCAACGGAACAUGGGGAUACCAAGACCCAAUCGCCUGCAGCGCGCUCGCAUCCGGGUGUUCAUUGACAUCCAACUAGUUUGCCUCUCGUAUCCUAAUAGUUUCCUUUACGAGGUAGUUACAUAAAGACUGGUGGCUUCCUAGCUUACGAUUUGUAGGUAUAAGGUGUAUGGCAAUAUCUCUUUUAUAGGCGCCU